UUUUUCCAUAAAGGUAGUAGAGGUAAGCUUGUUUCUAAGUAUUUUGCUACUGUUAAGAAUUGCCUCAGUGGCUGCUUGAGAAGAAGGAUCGCCAUGGUUGGAAGAGUGACCGCCCUCAGGGGGUUCAGAGGUACAGCUUCUCUUGCACUCAUUCUUCACAGAUGUCUCAGACAUUCUGCGUUUUGUACUUGCUUGUUUAAAUGGCCAUGCAAAUUGCUGUAUGAUAAUUUAAAAAUAUAUUAUUGUUACUGAUGAUCUUCCUUUAUCUUCCUAGGUUUAGGAACCCAUAAUGGAGAAUGACCGUACCAGUUAAAAAGACAAUUUAGAUUUAUGUUUUCCAGAAUAGACAUGCAUCAAUGAAGUUAGUUUAAUAUUUAAUUCAAGAACACAGAAAAAUGGAAAUCCUUUUGUUUUUACUCAUCUUGCCAUGAUAAAAAUAUGCAACCAACUUUUCUUUGCAUAAAGGACAAUGAUCAAGUGUUAUCACCAGGAAGAAGACUCUGCUGUAAGAAAGCUUUUAGAUUUAAUCUGAUUUUCUUCACAUGAAAUGAGGACAGAAUGACAACAGCAACAAUCUAACACAUGAUGAAAUAUACCAAGGAGAAUUUUAUUUUUUUAGUUGGUGGAAUUAUAAUUUAUGUAGUUGAUAUUGGAGUGGAUCUCUGGGUAGCCAGUAAAUAUUUCUAUCAGGGACAAUAUACUUGGGCUAUAUUGAUAAUCUGUUUUAGAUGUCUGUCAUCACUAAUAACUCAGAUAUUCAGUUAUCAGUGGUUUAAAAAUGACUGUGAAGGUACUGAUCCUGAGAGACUCAAGUGGAUUUUUCUGGUUCAUUUCUUUCACUGUGGAAUUUUUAUAAGGUAUUGGUUUGCUUUGAAGUAUGGCUGCCAAGCUGCAUUUAAACAGAACAGCAGUGGAGAUGUAUCAGAAACAGGCCAUCCCAACUUCAUUCAAAAACAAGCCAUUGAUGUACUGACCGAUAUUAACAUGCUCAGGAUAUUCAAGACUUUUCUGGAGACCACACCACAGCUUUUUGUCCAGAUUUAUGUACUCAUGGAACACAACAACCAUAAUUUCUAUCAAUAUGCCGCCAUUAUUAUGUGUUUCUGUGGUAUCUCCUUUUCAACGGUUGAUUAUCAGAUAUCAUUACGAAAAUCUCUGCCUGAUAAAGACAAAUUUCGUGUACUUUCCAAGUUGGUGUAUCUCUUCUAUAAAUUGCUUACCAUCACUUCCUGGAUACUCAGUAUUUCACUGGUCACUCUACUAAAUGCUAGAAGUUCUGUAAUUCUGCUGAUACUUCUUUGGAGCUGUGGCUUUGCCUGGACUUUGAAACAACACACAACAUUUUGUAAGUCUAAGGAGAUGGAAUAUCUGUACAGAACUGUUGUUGGAAUCAUCCUACUUUUUACCUUUUUUAACAUAAAGGGAAGAAAAACAAAAGUUCCCAUUUCUAUUUAUUAUGCUACUCACACCCUUGUAACUGUAGGCAUUUUGCUUGUAUAUUGGUUUUGGAAACCCUCUGUUGUCAAGGAAAUACAUUUUACAAUUGUGGGCUUUUUAACUAUUCUCAGUCUGGUGUUAGGUAUUAUUUUUCUUGUUGUUUAUUACAAGCUUUUUCAUCCCAGUGUUUAUUGCAAACAACAGACACGUUUUGAUGAAGUUGAUGCAGAGGCAAGAGACAAUGUGGAAGUUGGUAGAUUUCAGAAUUUCAUAAUGCAAUAAAGAGUAUAGAUUUUUAUGUAGACUUCAAAACAAAUGCUGCACAGUCUUUGUUUUUUGUGUAUUUUCACUAAGUAGCACUUAAUGGACCAGAUUUAUUGGCUGUGAAUAACCAUUGUUUUUUUGUGAUGCUGUACAAGUCCUUUAUAACUUGAAUAUUUUUCUAUGUGCUGGUCAAUGUUAUUUUUUUAAAAUAGAAACAAUUUAUCCCUCCAACCCAAUUCACUGUUUUAGUUUCAACCAAUGUAAAUAAAACAUAGGAAAAGUUAAAGUGAAUCAAAUGAAAGCUGUCAUAACUGGUGUAUUCUGUUUGUGUUGCUUCUGUUAAAAACAAGGCUUAUUAUUCUUGCUGGAAAGAAAGAGGAGUUCAUUUGAAAUAAUCAGGGGCAGCAAAACUGUCUGCUUUUUCCCAUUACUGUAAAACCUGCAGUUUUUCUUUAGAUGAGCAUAGCUACAAAACUCAUUAACUUUUCCUUAAAUUUUCCCUAAAGAAGAAUAGUUUUGAUUUAUGGUCCAAUCACUGUCUUGCCACAAGGAAAUUUGGGGAGAUAUUUUAAAGCACUUUAUCUUCUAGGUGUUUUAAUGACUCCUUUAUUGCUUUUGUUCUGCUAGUCUUUCACACACCCUUUUGUGUUCAGGAGUGAUGCCAGUUUAUUGUUCUGGAUUAUAAUAGCAGCCUGAAUGAUUUAUUGAUAGCAACAGGAUUCUCAGAUAUAAAGGAAAAAACUUCCUUGAAGCUUUCUUCUUCUCCACGCUCUAGAAUGUAAUAAUCUAAAUGCUGGUUUCCACUGAAAGAAAAGGCUAGGCAUGCAGUGGUACAGCUUCUUUUGUCUUUGUCACUAGAGAAAAGUGAAAAGGGAACCAACUGUUCUUUUUUGAUACAUUACACUUGCAGGAGGUGACAGUGAGUAGGGCUGAGAAGUGAUGGAAUAACCAGUUUGUGCAUCAGAUUUUUUUUUUUUUUAGCAGAAGGUAGAGUGAAACUAGACAACAUUUUAGUCCAAUUUUCAAAUGCUAAAUCAACAACAGUAAAUGCUGUACAAGAAAAUAAAAUUCAUAGCCACCAUUUCAUCAGAAUCAAAACCUAAGGUGAAGUCUUUCAGAGCUGCUGGUUUUACAGCUGAUUUACGAAAAGUGGGCCUCCUUUUUCUCCUUCUUUUCUCUUCCAAUAAUUCACAUUUGCAGCUAGAAUAGCCACAGGCAAAGGGAGGAAACGGGGCUUGAGAAAAGAGACUAGAGAUAAGCACAGCUGAUAAACUUUGCCAGGAACAAAAUCUGUUAGCAUUAUUGAUUGACAGCAAACAUCCCUGACACUUUGGGGGAAGGGCUGAUGGGUUGAUAGGUUGCUGAAGAGCUGAUUUCUGUGCCUUUUGUGUCAAGUCCAUGGACUGCAGACCGCCUUUUGAUUGUUACCUUUCUGCCUGAGCAGAGCUCAGUGAAUUUUCUGAAUGUACUUUUUUCCUGUCCCAUUGUCAAACUGAUCGCUUCCACAGUUCUCUUCACCAAACCAACCAUUUACAUCUCCUUGAUCCCAUUCGAGGAAAUUAAUUGCUAGGUGUAUAGUUUGGACUUCAUGGUCUGUCUUUCUGAGUAUACAUGUGAAAAAACAAUAUAGUGAGAAGAAUUUACUUGUAAAAUCCCUCAUUUCCACUUAGGGGUGACUAGAAUAUCCUUCCAGAAGGUAGAGAAAAAAAUCACAAUCCAUGAGAAAGAGAUAAAAAAAUAAAAACUUGAGCAA